CCGUGAGAAUAAUUGACAGCAGUGGAAUGACUGCUGCUGUCAGCGCGUCCUCUCGGAUCCGCCGUGAAUCUGCAGGCUGGCACCCGGAUGUGGCGAAAAUGUUUGGCGCUCCUCUCUUAGGGUCUGCGCUGAAAACAUUUUACAAUUCGGGUUAACGGAUCAGUUCAGGCUCGCGCGUCGACACCUUUGGAUGUUUUUCUUCCAACGAUGAGUUGGAUAUAAAACGAACAUUUUCAAUGUGGAUUCGAGGAUGCAAGAAGCAGAUGAACAGUCUGAAGGGGCACAGCAUGCCAGCAAAAGGACCACUCACUCCGCUGACGCCUCGGCUCUCUGGUCAGAAAGCCACACCCAUCUGCACCAACUCCAUCCACCUGAGCCCCUGCAGGCCCCGCCCAGCACUGGCAAGCCCGUCGGCUCCUCUUGCGGCCUCCUCGGGUCCAACAGUGGGAUUCAGGAUCCCGAUGGCACUGGUACUGGUGUUAGCCCCGUCCUCGCUUGGCAUGCCGCCAUUAGCGCUGCUCGCCAAGCACAGGGUGAUGUUGAAAAGCCAGAGAUAAGUUUACGACCCUCAGUGUGCAUCACUGGACCAGCUCCUGUUGGCUCACUGGCGCAGAGGAAGAGGCAGCAGUACGCCAAAAGCAAAAAGCAGGGAGGAUCUACCAACAGCAGGCCACCCAGAGCUCUUUUCUGCCUCACCCUAAACAACCCGAUCCGCAGAGCCUGCAUCAGCCUGGUGGAGUGGAAACCAUUUGAUAUCUUUAUACUACUGUCUAUUUUUGCCAACUGUGUGGCCUUAGCCAUUUACAUCCCUUUCCCUGGAGAUGACUCCAACUCUACCAACCAAGAACUGGAAACAGUAGAAUAUGCCUUCCUGAUCAUUUUCACAAUAGAAACAUUUUUGAAGAUUAUUGCCUACGGCCUGGUCAUGCACCAAAACUCCUACGUCAGAAACGGCUGGAACAUGCUGGACUUUGUCAUCGUCAUAGUGGGGUUGUUCAGUGUUGUUCUAGAGAUGAUAACCAAGGACGCUGACUCUGGCGGCCAGUCGGGGGGCAAACCUGGGGGGUUUGAUGUCAAGGCCCUCCGAGCCUUUCGCGUGCUACGACCCCUUCGCCUUGUCUCUGGAGUUCCUAGUUUACAGGUGGUUUUAAACUCCAUUAUUAAAGCCAUGGUUCCCCUUCUUCACAUUGCUCUGCUGGUCCUCUUUGUUAUUAUCAUCUACGCCAUCAUCGGCUUGGAGCUCUUCAUUGGCAAAAUGCAUGCCACAUGCUACGUGAUACAAACAGGUGCCCUUGCAGAAGAAGAGCCCACGCCAUGUGCUGUAUCAGGGCAUGGCCGUCAUUGUCUGCUCAAUGGUACAUUUUGCAGAGAGGGCUGGCAAGGCCCCAACAACGGAAUUACCAACUUCGACAAUUUUUUGUUUGCCAUGCUCACAGUGUUCCAGUGCAUUACCAUGGAGGGCUGGACCGAUGUUCUCUACUGGAUGAAUGAUGCAAUGGGCUUUGAGCUGCCGUGGGUCUACUUUGUCAGUCUGGUCAUCUUUGGAUCCUUCUUUGUUCUCAACUUGGUUUUGGGUGUGUUGAGCGGAGAGUUUUCCAAAGAGCGAGAAAAAGCCAAGGCUCGGGGAGAUUUCCAGAAGCUACGUGAGAAGCAGCAGUUAGAGGAAGACCUGAAAGGCUACCUGGACUGGAUUACCCAGGCCGAGGACAUCGACCCCGAGAACGAGGAGGAGGGAGAUGAGGAGGGCAAGCGAAACCGGGUCACGCUGGCUGACCUCACUGAGAAGAAGAAAGGAAAGUUUGGCUGGUUCACUCAGUCCACAGAGACACAGGCGAGCAUGCCCAGUGAGACAGAGUCAGCAAACACAGAGAAUCACAAUGGGGAGGAAAACAAGUCACCUUGCUGUGGGCCGCUGUGUCAAAAAAUUACUAAGUCAAAGUUCAGUCGUCAGUCGCGACGGUGGAAUCGUUUCUGUCGCAGAAAGUGUCGUGCAGCCGUGAAAUCUGUGACGUUUUAUUGGCUGGUCAUCAUCUUGGUGUUCCUCAACACUCUCACCAUCGCCUCUGAGCACUACAACCAGCCGGACUGGCUGACGGAAGUACAGGAUGUUGCCAACAAAGUUCUCUUGGCAAUGUUCACCAUGGAGAUGCUAGUGAAGAUGUACAGCUUGGGGCUGCAGGCAUACUUUGUGUCCCUGUUCAACCGCUUUGACUGUUUUGUGGUGUGUGGAGGCAUUGUAGAGACCAUCCUGGUGGAGCUCGCCAUCAUGUCUCCACUGGGCAUCUCUGUAUUCCGUUGUGUACGACUGCUUAGGAUCUUCAAGGUUACACGUCAUUGGGCAUCUCUUAGUAACCUGGUGGCCUCUCUGCUCAAUUCCAUGAAGUCCAUUGCCUCCCUGUUGCUGCUGCUCUUCCUCUUCAUCAUUAUCUUCUCCCUGCUUGGCAUGCAGCUUUUUGGGGGCAAGUUUAACUUUGACGAGACUGUGACCAAAAGGAGCACGUUUGAUAACUUCCCCCAGGCCUUGCUCACUGUGUUCCAGAUCUUGACAGGAGAAGAUUGGAAUACAGUGAUGUAUGACGGGAUCAUGGCGUACGGCGGUCCGGCAUCCUCUGGAAUGGUGGUCUGCAUUUACUUCAUCAUCCUCUUCAUCUGUGGAAACUACAUCCUGCUAAACGUCUUCUUGGCCAUCGCUGUUGACAACCUGGCAGACGCAGAGAGCCUCAACACAGCACAGAAGGAAGAAGAGGAGGCCAAGAAGAGAAAGAAUAGUGUCAAGGACGCAAGCACAGAUAAUAAGAGAAUUGAAAUAAUAGAUGUCAAUGAUGGAGAGACCAAGAUGCCAGCGGAGGCCUUGCUGGAGGAAGACAAGGAGUCUUAUCCUGCCAUCCACUCUCCAGUGUGGGAUGAUGACGACAAUAAGGGUGGUCUCGCAGAUAUCCCGCCAGGGCCUCGCCCUCAGAGGCUGUCUGAACUCAGCAUCAAAGAAAAGACUCUGCCCAUCCCUAAGGGCAGUGCUUUCUUUAUCUUCAGCAGCACUAACCCGUUUCGUGUAUUCUGCCAUAAGCUGAUCAACCAUCAGAUCUUCACCAACCUCAUCCUGGUCUUCAUCAUGCUCAGCUCUGUCUCUUUGGCUGCUGAGGACCCAAUACGCAACUUCUCUGCUCGCAAUAUCAUACUUGGUUAUUUUGACUAUGCUUUCACCGCAAUCUUUACUGUUGAGAUCCUGUUGAAGAUGACAGCGUUUGGAGCGUUCCUUCAUAAAGGGGCGUUUUGUAGAAACUACUUCAACCUUUUAGACCUGCUGGUCGUUGGUGUGUCUCUGGUCUCCUUUGGCAUUCAGUCCUCUGCUAUCUCAGUGGUGAAGAUUCUCCGUGUUUUGAGAGUUCUCCGUCCACUCAGAGCUAUUAACAGAGCCAAGGGACUUAAGCAUGUGGUCCAGUGUGUGUUUGUGGCCAUCAGGACCAUUGGCAACAUCAUGAUCGUCACUACUCUGCUGCAGUUCAUGUUCGCUUGUAUCGGAGUGCAACUUUUUAAGGGGAAAUUUUAUCGAUGCACAGAUGAUGCAAAGUCCAGCCCAGAGGACUGCAAAGGUACCUACAUUCUCUACAACAACGGGGACACAGCACUGCCCAUGGUGAAGGAGAGGAUCUGGUACAACAGCGACUUCAACUUUGACAACGUCCUUAUGGCCAUGAUGGCUCUUUUUACUGUCUCCACGUUCGAAGGGUGGCCCACUCUACUCUACAAGGCAAUCGAUUCUAACAAAGAGAACAUGGGUCCCAUCUACAACUACCGCAUCGAGAUCUCCAUCUUCUUCAUCAUCUACAUCAUAAUCAUCGCCUUCUUUAUGAUGAACAUCUUUGUUGGUUUCGUUAUUGUCACCUUUCAGGAGCAGGGGGAGAAGGAGUACAAAAACUGUGAGCUGGACAAGAACCAGCGUCAGUGUGUGGAAUAUGCUCUUAAAGCUCGUCCUCUGCGACGCUACAUCCCCAAAAACCCUUACCAGUACAAGUUCUGGUAUGUGGUCAACUCUACUGGCUUUGAGUAUGUGAUGUUUGUCCUAAUCAUCCUAAACACCCUGUGUCUGGCCAUUCAGCACCAUGGUCAGUCUCACCUGUUUAACUAUGCCAUGGAUAUCCUCAACAUGGUCUUCACUGGAGUUUUCACUGUGGAGAUGAUCCUUAAGCUUAUCGCCUUCAAACCCAGAAACUAUUUUGCUGAUGCAUGGAACACGUUUGAUGCCUUAAUUGUUGUGGGUAGCGUGGUUGACAUUGCCAUCACUGAGAUCAAUUCGGCAGCCAUUCCUGUCGUCAAGGUGAUAGUGGAGCCAGGGAACACGGAGGACAGUGCUCGCAUCUCCAUCACCUUCUUCCGUCUGUUCAGAGUGAUGCGAUUGGUCAAACUUCUGAGCAGAGGGGAGGGCAUCAGGACUCUGUUGUGGACCUUCAUCAAGUCCUUCCAGGCUCUACCCUAUGUUGCACUCCUGAUAGCCAUGCUGUUCUUCAUCUAUGCUGUAAUUGGGAUGCAGGUGUUUGGGAAAAUAGCCAUGGUGGAUGGAACACAAAUCAACCGCAACAACAACUUUCAAACCUUUCCUCAAGCUGUGCUGAUGCUCUUCAGGUGUGCCACAGGUGAAGCCUGGCAGGAGAUCAUGUUGGCCUGUCUGCCAGGUAAGCUGUGUGAUUCAGAGUCGGACUACAACCCUGGAGAGGAGAGAACCUGCGGAAGCGGUUUUGCCAUUAUCUACUUCAUCAGCUUCUACAUGCUCUGUGCUUUCCUGAUCAUAAACCUGUUUGUUGCUGUCAUCAUGGAUAACUUUGACUAUCUGACCCGCGAUUGGUCCAUUCUUGGACCACAUCACCUGGAUGAGUUUAAAAGGAUCUGGUCUGAAUACGACCCUGAAGCAAAGGGCAGGAUAAAACACCUUGAUGUGGUGACUCUGCUGAGAAGGAUCCAGCCUCCGCUGGGCUUUGGCAAGCUCUGCCCUCACAGAGUGGCCUGUAAACGUCUGGUGGCGAUGAACAUGCCCCUCAACAGUGAUGGGACAGUCAUGUUUAAUGCCACCUUGUUUGCUCUGGUCCGCACUGCUCUCAAGAUUAAGACUGAGGGUAACUUGGACCAAGCCAAUGAGGAGCUUAGAGCUGUGAUUAAAAAGAUCUGGAAGAGGACCAGCAUGAAGCUACUGGACCAAGUGGUGCCCCCUGCAGGCGAUGACGAGGUAACAGUGGGGAAGUUCUAUGCCACCUUCCUGAUACAGGACUACUUCAGGAAGUUCAAGAGGCGCAAAGAGCAAGGUCUUGUAGGAAGGCACUCAUGGGAAAGGCUGAACACAACCAUGGCUCUACAGGCCGGCCUGCGCACGCUGCAUGACAUUGGACCAGAGAUCCGGCGAGCCAUAUCUUGUGACCUUCAAGAGGCAGGGCUGGUAAAUGUUGAUGGAGAGGAAGAAGAGGAAAUCUACAGGCGUAACGGCGGCCUUUUUGGGAACCAUGUCUACCAGGUCAGUGCCGAACAGCAAGGCUACUGCCACCCAACCACUGUCACUGAACGGCCGCUACAGAUCCUGCCCUUCUCCUGUACUGCCUCAACUGAACCCACCCAAACAGGCAGGAGAGCCAGCAACGUGGACAGAGGAGGGGAGACAGAGAUGAACUCUUCACCUGUCCUAUAUAACCAUCAUUAUCACUCCCCUCAUCCGUAUAAUCAUCCUCACUGUAUUUCUACUUGCCAUCAAUCGCCAAUACCCUCCAAUGCCAACCUCAACAAUGCCAACGUGCCCUCACUUCUCUCCAUGAACAAUGGGAGGCAGCAGAAGUGUUUGUUAAGGCAAGACCGUCCGUCCUCCACCCAAAAUGGAUCAUCAGUGUCCACUGACAGCAAAGACAAACUUUGGAAGUCACACUCCACGAGGACACGCUACUAUGAGGCCUACAUUAGUUCAGAAAGCGGCGGUGGGCUCUACCCUACCAUUCGUCGAGAGGAGCCAGGGGGCAGGGACAGCGAUGAUGAGCGAGGCUCGGGAGAGUACUUCAGCGGGGAGGAGUUUCACGAAGACGACAUCAUGUUCCCAAAGGACAGGUUGCCCAACAAGGAACACCAUGAUGCAGAGGGACACUUUGACCUUGAGGUUUCCAAGGGCGACCACCAGUCUGAUGGUUACUAUGACGAUGACCAACUGCCCAUCUACCAAGACAGCAAGCGGUCACCCAGGAAAUGGAUUUUACCCUCUCCUCGAGCCUCCAACAAGCCAACAUUCAGUUUUGAGUGUCUUCGCAGAAAAAGUAGUCAGGAAGGCGCUCCUCCUUCUCCAUCCUGUACAGCUCUUCCACUACACCUGGUGCAGCAACAGGUAAUGGCGGUGGCCGGUCUCGAUGCGAGCAGAAUUCACAGCUUGUCCCCUACGCGGUCGCUUUGCUCCUGGGUCACGCCUCCUGCCUCACCCAUCAGCCAUGACUGCUCCCCGAGCUACACACCACUCAUACAGGUGGACUGGCGUAGUCCCGGCAGCAUCGGCAGCAUCCCCGGAGCAGUGAAGAGGAGUUCGUGGUAUACAGACAGCCAGGACGGUCCUACCAAUCGCAGCCACUCUCCGUCACUUCUGCAGUUACCUGCAGACAGCUGCUCACACUUCCUGCAGAAGAGAGGCAGCGCAAACAGUGUGGUGGAGGCUGUGUUGAUCUCUGAGGGUCUGGGAAAAUUCGCCAGGGACCCCAGGUUUGUAGCAGUUACGAAACACGAAAUUGCAGACGCCUGCGAAAUGACCAUCGAUGAGAUGGAAAGCGCUGCCAGUAACCUGCUGAACGGGAGUAUGGGUAACGGCAACGCUGGGGAAACAGGGAACAUCAGCUCGGACCUACAUGCUAUUGCACGUGUUAGAGACAGCAGUAUCCAUGACUACAGCGACGAGGAGCCAUACAUUGCUCUGAAGUGCGAGGAGGACCUAACAGACGAGAUGAUACGCAUCACGUCGCUAUAGCAGACUCACACUGGAUUAUUUAGGUUUUUUCAAUUAAAAUUCUACAACUAUUCCACAGUAAGGGGAUGUCUUCUCAGGAGUACCCUGCCAUAGACACAACAUGUUUAACAUGGAUGGAUAAGAGAACAAAGUGCCUUGUUUUCUCUUUCUGUGGCUUGAUGAAUGGAACCGUAAGAGAGAUGAGAGAAACGGAUGGUAACAUGGAAGAGCUGAGUUAAAUUAAGCAAAAGUUCAAACCAGAGUGAAUCUAUCUACUCGCCAGCCUGCCUGUCAUUUAGCAGGAAUUCAGGAUACUUCUUAAAAUAUUAAAAGGGGUUUGAUAUAGCUAAAUAACCUCGCCCUCGUCAAGUUUUGUAAAUUUUUAUUGUUCUGGCUCUGUGCUGCAACACAGGGUUGCAGCACAGAGCCAAAACAAGGGUGAGGGUGUUUGCAUCCAUGUUGAGUGAACAAUGUUGUCAUUGUUCUGCUGCACUGUCCUAAAAUUGUGGGACUUUAUACAAACAAGACCAUGUAUUGUACACUGUUCGCUCAAUCAUUAAGACAGAAAAUGUUUCACCUUUCUGAACACAUUGAUAAGUGACUGAAAGAGUGACGCUGGCUUU